UCCAGCAGAGUUGUGCUUAGGAAACCACACAUCUGGUAUCUGAGGGCUUGUUGCACCCAGAAAUCAAGCAGGCUGCAUCAGUGUGACUCUAGGGAUUGUUCUGCACGACGAAAGCUAAAGUGCGGCAUACGUCAUUAACUCCUGGGCUGUGGGUUAGGCUAGAUGAGCCACAGCUACAAGCCUUCCUACCUCAGCAUCUUCUCUAGUGUGCUUAGGAGAUGAAGCUGUGCCUUGCGGAUGAACUUGGUCUAAACCCAGACGAAACCAUGAGUUAUUAGUGAAAGCCUGAUUGCUGGUAGUUUGACGCUGCAAUUGUAAUGUUAAUAGGCGGGGAGAGAAGGAUGCGGGAAGCAGGUGUGUGACUUCUGUGAACAGCGACAGCACAGGCGUGAGUGACCCUAGGAAUCCAGGGCACAGCAAAGCCUUUGCUUCUGAUCCAGCCUAUUGGUCUCAGAGGAGCUUCCUAAAGGACGAGAACGGCAUGCUCAUCUCCGCAGGAUCCAGCAGUUCCGUGGGCCAGUACAAGGAUGCAUUUAUGAAGGCAAAUCCAGGGUACAAGUGGUGGCCCACAACAAACCAACCUGUGAAAGCCCGGACAUCCACUGUUACAAACAGGAAAAAGCUAUGGGCCUUUGCUUCAGACUCUGCAAAAGGUUUACCAAGCCUGGGGAAAGCGACAAAAAGUGAAGGAAUGCCGCAGCGUAACUUUGGGACGGCAGGUUUCCUCGAGUACUUGCCAGUCAGAUGCGACUAAUUCUAUGGAAGCUUGUCAGAAGCUGUCCUUGUUUCCGUGUGCAGAGCCUGAAAACCAUGUGGGAAAGUGCUGGCCCUUGCUGGGAAGUUGGGGACAAGCCUUCAUCAAGCUGUCUGUGCCAAUCCUUCCCAGAGCAGUCACCAUGGACCACGUUUCAGGACGACGUUCCCUGGAGACAGUAUUGGCAGAGCUCCAAAGGACAUGGCUGUCUACGUGAGUGGUUUCUCCAGAGUGGGGGGCUGGGUGUUGCACAGCGUUUCUAAGCCGGGGGUGAGUAUGGGUCAAAGAGUCCAGCGGCCUCUGGCCUCCUCCUGGCUCGCAGAAGCAGCAAGCUCCUUGGAGCUGUAUUGCGCUUCUGUCCAAUGUACUGUUCGAAAGGAAGGUUCUGGGGCAUGAUGGAACUCGGGGAGCCAUAGGG